AUGGCCAUCCUAGCCUCUGUUGCGCAUCACUUACCGCACCUUGCGAACGACUUUCCUCGCAGCAUUGAUGUUAUAAAUCGACCAGCUACCGACUUCCCAGUUGCCUACUUUUUACGGGACGAUGCGGAGCGUGCUCUACUAAAGAGAUUAGUAAAUGACAUUUGUGAUGGCCAGACGUGCUUUCUGCCCGUAGGUCAGUGCAAAAGUCACGAGCUUCAAUCACUGAGGAUCUUCAUAUCCGAGGAGUCAGUCGAGACGUCGGUCAGCAAGCAUGUCUCCAACAUGUUCCCGGACAAACCUCACUUCCGCAAGAUUAUCUAUUUGCUGCGGGGAUUGCUCGUACACGGCAUUUUGCUUCUCUGCCUGAAGAAGCGAUGGAAUGUCCAAUACGGGCUCCAUCCUACGCGCGACCCUAUGGCCGUCCCAUUCCUUGCCAAGGGCGUGCCGUCCGACCAGGCGGAAUGGGGACAUCCGGAUGUUGCCAUCCUGUUUACAUGCCUUGCAUUUUAUCACCAAGGAAUCAGUCUCAAACAGCUACGUCAGAGUCUCCAGGCGGUGCUCAGAUCUGACGACCCGACUUCGGAAUACGAUCGCUGGACUCAAACAUCAACUGCCUUGCCGGAAUCUUUACGCCAUUGGAACAUCAUAAAUGUCGAUGAUGAAGGCCAGGUUUAUGAGAUUUGGCGGCAUCUUCGUUUCAGGAAAGUGGUGAUCGAUUAUUUCCUCAAAUACUUUGUUUUCCCUAUCCAUGCCAAGCAGUUCACCAUCAAAUUGCAGGCUUCAGGAUGGGACAUCCCGUUGUUUGGGGAAGCCGAACAGUUGAAUGGGGACGACUACCCUGAACACGCUGGAAUUACAACUGGAUUUAGUGGGACAAAUGAUAAUCGACGUCUACUUCCUCUGACUAUAGAGCAACAUGAUCUUCCAGAACUGGCUCACACGAAUGCAGAGGUUCUCACUUAUCUUCUGCAGCCAAGGAAUCGCCAAUACAUGGUAGCUGCCGGUUCCGAUGGCAGACGCCUCUCGGAACAUGAUUUGCUCGACCAUCUUCGACUUAAGAAGAUACGUAUUUUGAUUGAUGCUGGCGCCUACAUCCUCGAGAUGGACAAUCACACAUUAGCCAGGGCUUGGUUACAACAAGAUCAGGAGGCGUUAGCCGCAGUGUAUUUCGGAGCGGACAAUAGACCUUGGGUGCAGUAUCAAACGGGUAAAAUUGCUCCUUUGAUCGCUACCCCCUUCGUGGACAAUAUGGAUCGCUGUCUUGUCUAUCUCGACGAAGCACACACUCGAGGAACAGAUCUCAAACUUCCGCUUGAUGCUCGGGGCGCCUUGACACUUGCUUUGCAUCAAACUAAGGAUCACACGGUACAAGCCGCCAUGAGAUUGCGACAACUAGGCACCACGCAAUCCAUCACUUUUGUCGCACCACCGGAGGUUCAUCAAAGCAUUCUAGACGUGCGAAACAAACAGACCAAUGAUCGUCUUGAUUCAUCGGAUGUCAUUGCAUGGCUACUUCACCAAACUUGCGCCACAAAUAAGGACUUGCUUCCUUUGUACUACGCUCAAGGUGCAGACUUUUGCUACCGCAUGCAAGCUGCCGCAACUUACGAGAGCUUCCUAACUCGCAGAAGCCAUCGGGAAAGAUUUCUCGAGCGCCUGCAGCAGCCUGAACAACAAACCCUUGAACAGCUCUAUGACCCUCAGACCCGAAAGAAUUGCGAGGCGGCGUCAGCUCGGGAGGAGCUAAAACUGCGAGGCGUGCUGAAGACAUUCAUGCGAGACCUCGGGCGAAAUCACGAUCUGAUUCAAGAACAGUACUCCUCCGCUCACACCUCAGCGCUGGAAGAAGUGGAGCAGGAGCGGGAGGUGGCAUAUGAGGUUCAGGAGGAAAGAGAGCUACAGCGACCUCGUCGUAGGAAAGCCCUUACCUUCCCUGGAAUCCAUCCAGCAAUUCUGAGCUUUGUCGACUCCGGUGUAUUGGAAGGCAAAGGGGGCUAUAUCAAGGCAUCACAAAUUCUUCUAUCGACUGAGCUGGCUCUGAAGCACGGACUGAAAGCGCUCUCCAUUGUCUCUCGGCUUUACGCCUCGGAGGAAAUGAUAAGAUCGAUUGAAUUAAGGCGUGGGGAGAGAAAUGACAACUACACGCGUCCUGUCCAUUGGAUCCUCUGGAGUAUGAAGACAGACACUGCUCUCGUCAUAAUCCCGGAAGAAGCGGAAGCCCUGAUCCCCAUCAUCCGCUCUAUGGAGACUCCAUAUGUACAUCUGAUCCUCUACGCCGCGCCGUUCACCAAGAGAAUGUUGCAGUUCAAUCGUUUCAAUUUCUACGCAAUUCCAUGUCUACCGGAGGGCUGGAAUGCCCCUCUCUGGCUCCGUUUUGAGAUCGGUAUACUGGCAGGACGAUUGUACUUCGAGCUUGAUGAAUACCAGGAUUUGCUCGAGCGCCUCCAUGUCGAGCUUGAAGGUAAUUCGCGGCGUACUAAGGACACUACGUUACAUUUUCUACAGGAAUGGCUGGCCCUGCGUCGUCAUGGUCAAGAUAUCUCCCAUACACCAAUGGGCUAUGUGUGCCAGGGGUGGAGAAUUCGCAACGAUCAUCCCUUCUUCUCGACCACGCACAAGGAAGAUGAGAAGAGUGCGACUGAGCUCUUCUCCUCCGCCAAACAUAACCUUGUCACCGCGGUGGAGGAGGUUUUCUACGAUAGCGAUGACGAAGAUGUUGUUAUUCUGGAAGGAGGUGACGACGGUGCAUCAGAUCAUGGCGGAGAAAUAUACAAUUUAGCAGAUGGACUCGAAGGCAUAAAGUUCAACUGA